AUAAAUAUGUUUAAAAACCAUUUAGUUUUUAAAACUGUGCCUCAUUUAAUUCGCAGAAACAUUCUAAACAAAAAUUUCUCUUCAAUCUCUCAGAUACUUGACAAAAGUGGUGUUGGCGAUGUCAUAACAGUGAAGGGAUGGAUAAAAUCGUUACGGGACCAGAAAGAACAUGUGUUUUUCGACGUAAGCGAUGGUUCAACUGCCAAAAAACUCCAAAUUUUGCUUCCUAAAAAAUCAAAACCGGAAGAUCUAUCGACCGGGGCUUCCGUAGUAGUUUCAGGACCCCUUACUCUAUCACCGAAAGGCCAGUUGGAAUUAACGGCAAACAGUAUCGAAGUCUGCGGUAAAUGCGUCGUAAGCGAAGGCUAUCCUUUUGCGCCACGUAAACAGUACGCCGCUGAAUAUAUCAGGCAGUAUCUCCACUUCAGGCCAAGAACACACAAAUUUGGGGCACUUUUGCGAUUACGGAAUGCGGCAACGUUGGCUAUUUAUAAUCAUUUUAAUUCGGAAGGUUUUGUUAAUGUGCAUACGCCAGUCUUGACUUCUAACGAUUGUGAAGGGGCUGGAGAGGUGUUUAAAGUAGUCCCUGACAAUAAAAAGUUGAUCAAAUCAAUGGCGAAAGAGAGCCAAGCUGAAGAUGAGGUCUACUUUAAUCAGAAAUCGUUUUUGACGGUCUCGGGGCAGUUGCAUUUAGAAGCUGUAGCUCAUGGUUUAAGCAAAGUUUACACUUUCGGGCCCACUUUUAGGGCCGAAAAUUCCAAAUCAAGACUGCAUUUGUCCGAAUUUUAUAUGUUGGAGGGAGAAAUUGCGUUUGUGGAAAAACUAGAUGGGCUUAUGACCUGCAUAGAACAAUUAAUUAAACAAGUUACAAAAAAACUAGUCAAUGAUUCAAUUGAAGACAUCGAAAAAUGCCAAGAGAAAAAAGUGUCGUUCGAUUGGUUGGAUAAAAGUUUUCCUGUGGUUACGUACAAAGAAGCGGUAACAAUUUUAAGUCAGAAUAAAGAUAAGUUUAGCGAAAAUUUUGAUUCCAAAGAUGGUUUUGGUAAAGAACAUGAGAUGUUCCUGGUUGAAUAUUUCGGAAAAGUGCCCACUUUUGUCAUAGACUGGCCAAAAGACAUGAAACCCUUUUAUAUGAAAGACAAUGGGGACGGAACCGUGGCCGCACUUGACUUAUUGGGGCCUAAUGUUGGCGAGGUCGUUGGCGGAAGUCUGCGUGAAAAUAAUUACGAGAAAUUGCUAGAAAAAAUCCCCAAUUCCAAUGGGCACUUGGACUGGUAUUUGGACUUGAGGAAAUUUGGAUCGGUGCCAACUGGCGGAUUUGGUUUAGGUUUUGAAAGAUAUUUGCAACUAAUUUUGGGAAUAAGCAAUAUCAAAGACACGAUUCCCUUUCCCAGAUGGCCGCAUAAUUGCAGUUUGUAGCUGAGUUAAGAAAUAAAACACUUAUUGAAGCUGAAA